AUGAAUACGCCUCCUCCUGACGAUUACCCUUCCUUCGCCGACGAGUGGAGCGAGACCGACUCAUCCUCUGGAUCAUCGAGCUUGCCGGAAUGCUGUGAAGACGGAUAUCUGUGCUGUACAGGUUGCUUUGCGCGCUAUCUGAGCACAGAAGACUGGGUAUCCCUACAACAGCUACUAUACCAGGACGAGCUGCAUGGUGCCUCGCCGCACCUCUUGCGGGAGAAGCUCUAUCGUCUUCGUGAUCAGCAGCAGCUAUACUUCGCUUUUUAUCCGGAAGGCGAGGAUGCCGGAGAUGAUGAUGCAAGGGAAGAUUUCCAGACGUGGGUGAGGCGCAACUAUCCCAAGUCCCAGGACGAGCAGGAUGAAAGCCCCUGGGAGAGUCCUUACUCUCUACCCAUCUCGGCCACUGGCAUGUGUGACGUCGAUGAGGCCCAGGCUCAUGACGAUGAAAGGCAGGAGUACCGGGCGAUUCUUGAGUCUGCCCUUGACGAGAUAUUGCAGGCAGGCUCCAGAUGUGAAACCUUCUGGAGCGAGAUCCCUUCCAUGCAGACGGCGCAUUCGGGCAAUAGGUCUGCCGAAGUCAGCAAACAAGGGGCGGAGCUGAGCUUGAUUGAUAAGUACUUUGAGGAUCGGAUGAAUGGCUUGAUUCCGAAUCCUGAAUCGCCAACCGGAUCUGACACAGAUGGGAUCCUCUGA